GCUCUGCUGGCAGAAAGGGGGUCCAUCCUAGGCAUGGGUACUGACACAGGUGACAGCAUCUGCAUACCAGCCAGCUUCUGUGGUGUUUAUGGUCUCUGGAUCACAGGUUCCCGCCUCAGCUACACUGGAAUCGCCUCUGCCAUAAAGGGGAAAAAAAUUGGUGACCACGGUGGCUGGCCCCAAGGCCCGGGAUGUGGAGAGCCUGGCGCUGUGCCUGCAAGCCCUGCUGAGUGAAGACAUGUACCGACUGGACCCCACUGUGCUCCAGAUGCCCUUUAGGGAGGAGGUGAAGACCCCCUUUCCCACCCCAGGCUGCAGUGAGUGAGAAGCCCACAUGCUCAGUCCAGUUUGUUUCCUUCCCCUGCUGGACGCCAGCUGCUUUGGCCUCUUGGCUAUCUGGAGCCAUAGCUUCCCCCCUCUAAGAUCCCCAAACUAGCCAGCAUCUUGAAGAGAUUCGUGGAAUGGGGACACCCAAGAAACUGUGGGAGCAGCACACAGCAGUGGAGGAAUAUCAGCAAGAGUUCAUAGCCAAGUGGAGGUCCCUGGACCUGGAUGUGCUGCUGGUGCCAGUUCUGGGCUCUGCCUUCUAUAUAGGCUCUUCCUCCCUAGCAUCAGAAAGCCAGUCUUACGUGACCCUGUACAACCUCCUGGACUUUCCCGCGGGCGUGGUGCCUGUCACUAUCGUGACACUACAGGGCGAGGAGGAACUGGCCUUCUGCAAGGGGUGCUACGGAGAUAGUUCUGAUAAAAAUUUCUCGGAGGCGGUAACAGGAUCCGUCGGACUUCCGGUGACUGUGCAGUGCUUUGCUUUGCCAUGGGAAGAGGAGCUGUGUCUCCGGUUCAUGAAGGAGGUGGACACCUUGGUCAAGAAUCAGAGGGGGCCCAAAUGACAGGCUCCUGGAAUGGAGUAACAGCUCACGAAACAUGGGGCUGGUUGUGGUGGCUCAUACCUGUAAUCCCAGCAGUUCAGGAGGCAGAGGCUGGCAGAUCACUUGAGGCCACGAGUUUGAGACCAACCUGGGCAACAUAGCGAAACCCUGUUUCUAAAACAUUUUCUUGGUGUUACUCCUGUAGAUCCUCACUCAAGUGUGCUCCUUCCUUCUCAUGAAUACGAUGUCCACCUUAUGUCUCCUUCUGGAACCCCACCAGGUUCCUUUUCUUUGUUGGUCCCUCUGUGUGGGUGCUCAAUAUUCCUCAGAUGGGCCCACGGUGGGGAGCAGGGUGAGGAGCUCAAUAAACAUUUUCUGACUGGC